AUGGCGUCGGACACGACGUCUGGUGCCGAUUUUGACCCCCACGCACCCACCGCCAUGGACAAGAUGGAGCCGCCCAAGCCUGGUGCCGACUUCAACGUCGUCAUCAUUGGUGCCGGUAACAUCAAUUUUGGUUCGGACGAAGGUCCGUGGAACCAUUCUUUCCGACUCGAACACAAGCUUGGUCCUCGUCUCAAGGUGACCGCGCUCAUCGACCCUUCCGCUGCUCGUGCCGAGGCGGCGCUCACUGUGAAGCGCAACUCGUUUGUGCUUUCCGCCUACAAGGACACCAUCGUCUACCCCACGUUUGCCGACUACGUCGCCAACGUUUCGCCCGACAAGAGACCCCACGCCAUCUGGGUAGGAAGCCCUCCUGCCUUCCGUGGCCGUGAGCAGCCCGGUCGUGACCUCGAAAAGAAGCUCGUCGAGGCUUUCCCCGACGUUGCCAUCUUCAUCGAGAAGCCCGUCUCGACCGGUCCCGUCGCCGACGCGCUCAAGAUCGCACAGAUGCUCGAAAAGGCCGACAACAUUGUUUCGGUCGGAUACAUGCUCCGAUACCUCAAGGUGGUGCAAAAGAUGAAGCAGAUCCUCGACGAGAACAACCUCAAGGUCAUGGCCACCAACGCGCGAUACAUCAUGGCGUACGAACACACCAACAAGCCUGACUGGUGGGACAAGAGCCGCUCGUGCGGUCCCAUCGUUGAGCAGGCGACCCACUUUUGCGAUCUCUCGCGUUACUUUGGUGGUGAGGUCGAUUUGGCUACUGUCAGCGCGCACUCGCUCGAGUGGUUCGAGCCUGCAGGUGUACUGAGCAAGAUCCCCAUCGACGAAGGCAAGAUUCCUGAGGAUGAGCGUAUUCCCCGAAUCACCUGCGCCAACUGGAAGUACGAAUCUGGUGCCGUGGGCUCGCUCACCCACGCCGUGUCGCUGCAAGGCUUCAAUUACUCGACCGAGCUCGACGUCUUGGCAGACGGUUACAGCUUGCGUCUCGUCGACCCGUACAACGCGCCCGCGCUCUACUUCCGCCGCCCCGGUGAUGACCACGAGGAGGUGGUGCGAUACCAGAACGACGACCCCUUCUUCUCCGAGGUCAGCAACUUGAUCGACAACAUCGAGAAGGGUCAAGGUUCCGCCCCCAUCCUGUCGUCGUACGAGGAUGCGGUCAAGACCUACGCGUUGACUUGGGCUAUCCGUGAGGCUUCGGAGAAGUCGGCCAAGAAGCCUGCCAAUUGA